AUGGCAUCCGCUACCGUGUCUUCAUAUGUCGCGGCGACCUUGACGGCGGUGUCAACGGCGGCAUCUGCGAGUAGCACCAACCGAGCCUCACCACAGGGAGGAGUCAUCGAGGGUGUCAAGCCAAACACAUACAGUACCUCAGAUCCGCUCAAACUUUUCAUCAUUCAGGCUGGCAUCAUCAUCAUCCUAUGCCGUCUGUUACACUACCCCUUGUCCCUUAUUGGACAGCCUCGCGUCAUCGCAGAAGUAGUGGGCGGUAUCAUCCUCGGUCCUUCUGUUCUGGCUCGGAUCGAUGGCUUCAAACCUGCCUUGUUUCCGACGGAAUCUAUGCCGGUUCUCAGCAAUGUUGCCAACCUGGGCCUGGUUCUCUUCCUGUUUCUCAUCGCGCUUGAGCUUGAUAUGCGCAUGUUCACGUCCAACUGGCGUGUCGCUCUCAGUGUCGGUCUUGCCGGCAUGAUUCUCCCUUUUGGCCUCGGCGUCGCUAUUGCUUGGGGACUGUACAACCAGUUCCACGGCGAGGAGGGCACCGUACCCAUCAGCUUCGGCGUCUAUGCGCUCUUCAUUGGCACGGCCCUUGCUAUCACCGCCUUCCCAGUGCUUUGUCGUAUCCUGACAGAGCUCAAUCUGCUAAGUACAUCGGUCGGUGUCACAGUACUGGCAGCCGGAGUGGGCAACGAUGUCAUUGGCUGGAUUCUCCUAGCCCUCUGCGUUGCCCUUGUGAACAACAGCUCUGGCCUGACGGCACUGUACGUCUUGCUCGCGUGUAUUGGCUGGAUUCUAUUGCUCGUCUUCGCUGUGAAACCGGCCUUCCACUGGGCCCUGAGAAAAACGGGAAGUAUCCAGAACGGCCCUACACAGGGUAUGGUUGCUCUCACCCUCUUACUCGUCCUGACGUCGGCUUGGUUUACUGACAUCAUCGGCGUUCACGCCAUCUUCGGUGGUUUUUUGGUUGGGCUAAUCUGCCCCCAUGAUGGUGGUUUCGCCAUCAAACUGACAGAAAAAAUCGAAGAUUUGGUCACAGUUCUCUUCUUGCCACUAUACUUUACCCUCUCCGGUCUCAACACCGAUCUCAGUUUGCUGAAUGAUGGCACUACCUGGGGCUACACCAUAGCUGUCAUUGUCAUUGCUUUUGCUGGGAAGAUCAUUGGCGGGACGCUUGCUGCUCGGGCUAUGAAACUCGUGUGGAGGGAAAGUUUCACCAUCGGUGCCUUGAUGAGUUGCAAAGGUUUGGUCGAACUCAUUGUGCUCAAUAUCGGUUUGCAAGCCAAGAUUCUAUCAAAGCGAACAUUUACUCUCUUCGUGGUCAUGGCUCUGGUGACUACCAUCGCUACGAGCCCCAUGGUAAAACUUCUCUAUCCUCCGUCGUAUCAGAAAAAGCUCGAGGCAUGGAAGCGCGGCGAAAUCGACUGGGAUGGACAGCCUCUGCACAGUGAAGGUGCCAAUCAGGCCGACUCGGCACAGAGGGCCCAGAAUACCAAGAUUCGCCGUCUCCUAGUCUACCUCCGACUGGACAGCCUUCCAAGUAUCUUCACCUUUAUCUCCCUUCUUGGAGAGGAAAACGUGAUCGUCAAAUCGUCAUUGGACGCGCCCCACGACAACGAUGCCGAACAAGACGCACUUGUCAGGAAACGGCCUCUCGAGGUCCAUGCUCUGCGCAUUCUCGAACUUACCGAGCGUACCUCAUCUGUCAUGCAGGUCGCUGAAUCUGACGAAUUCUCGCGACGCGACCCCGUUGUGAACGCGUUCAGGACAUUCUCACAGCUGCAUGACGUCGCCGUUUCUGGUAGUGUGGUUGUGGCGGCAGAAGACUCCUACGCCCAGGUGCUCGUCUCACAUGCAUCGGAUCACGAUUCUGACUUCGUGUUGAUACCAUGGAGCGAAGGCGGCAGCAACACCAUAGACCAGUCCACCCCUUUCAAGGCGUCGACCGAGGAUCGAUUCUCUGGCCGAGCUCAUCUGGAAUUCAUCCAAAACACCUUGAACAAGGCCGUCUGCAACACGGGUAUUUUCAUCGGAAACGGGUUCAGCGGUAUCGCCCCAAUUCAUAGGCCAAGACAAGCGUUGUCACGCGUCGUCAGCGGUAUCUCGUUGCGUAGUCACAAGGAGCCCGCCCUUCUCCCCAUUUCCGACAAGACGCACCAUCUCUUCUUUCCCUUCAUUGGAGGCGUCGACGACCGAGUUGCUCUGCGUUUCGUUCUUCAAUUGGCCCGAAACCCAAACAUCACAGUUACCAUCGCGCAUCUCAAUUGGACGUCGGACGGUGACGACGAUGUUGCGGCUAUUCCAGAGAGCCCUGGCGCAGCGGCAGAGUCGAAACAGGCAGUCAUUACUGAGAUCACGGCUCAGGACAUGUUCCUUCUGUCAUCUUUGCAAUCUUCGUUAGCACCCGAGCUCGCUAGUCGGGUUGCCUUCGCCGACGUAUCGGUGAACAGUUCUUCUGUGUUGAACCAAGCUGUUGAUGCGGCCAAUGCGAAGGUUGGCCUGAACCCGCGCAAUGCCGGCGACAUCAUUGUAGUUGGACGUAGGCACUCCAGGCUGACUUUCAAAACGCCUGAAGACGAGUUGGCCGAGACGGUCGGGUCUCUCGGGGCGAAGUUGACGAGGGAAGGGCUCAAAGCCAGUCUUCUUGUCAUACAGGCGGCUGGCCCCGGGCUGGAAUGGUGA